AUGUCCAAUACCAGUGAGAUCACAUUCCUCCUCAUAUUGAAGCGGAAGGCGAACUGCGAGGAUCCUCAGACGAAUACAGAUCUGUGGUCCGGCCCCGUAUGCCACCCGAAGAAAGUGAGGAACCACAACCGUUGGGUCAUGCUCACAAAGAAGAGAGAUGACCUGAUCCUUCCAGAAUUCACCAUCGAGGAGGUCAUCUAUGGGGAAAAAUAUGCUUGGAAAGAAUACAUGUCUUACUGCAGGUUGACAUCAGGUGGUAAGACGCUCAACAAUCUGUCUUGGCUCACAAACAGGCUCAAGCAAUCCGACAGCGAUACUGCGAGCAGUAUCCUUCGUGCUCUAGUAGCUGAUCCCAGGAACAUUGGAAUCAGGUACCGUGGGGCAUAUGAUCCACUUGGGAAUCUCCACGGACUCCAGGAAAAUUCUGAGCGGCUCCCAAAGGAUCAAGCACAGAGAACACACAUGCCGGUCCAAGUUCCGGAUCCGGCGGACUCUCUCAUGGCGUCCUUGCAGACGAAUGCUGGGGAAAAUUCUAUCUCGGGGAGCCAGUCAAGAGAGGCUCAAGGAUCGGAAGAAGUACCAGAAGACGCCGCGCCAACGUCCGAUUUGUCCAUGACUUCAGCCCCGGCCAUCUAUCCGGACGAAAGACAGAAGGGAAGCGAGAGCUAUAUCAGACCUUGUAAUCCCGGAAGUAGCCUUGACAGCCAAGCUGAGACUAUCCUUCAAGGUGGAGAAGGUGACGUCUGGUGCUCUGCCGAUUCACCUGGUGGCAAUACGCCUCCUAGUUUCGUCGGUGGAUUGAGUACCGCGACGGACACAACAGUAGGAGGAUUGUGCUCAGACGAUUCUCAAUCUGCUAUCACACCGUCACCGAAAGAUACAGAAGAGUGCUACGAGGAUUUUUUGAAUGCGAUCGUCGACCUGUAG